AACAACCAAUCGCGCUAAAACAUUGUACAUCUGACCCAGUUCUCUCGUACAGUAAAAAUAGCAGGCGACAAUAGCUCAAACACUAUUUUUAGGCGCGUAUCGCUAAAAUCUUAAGCAAGAACCUUAUCUUACCUUGUACCAACAUCUUGUUGAAGUCAGUUGAUGCGUACCGCACGGCGCAACUCACAACCUAUACGUACGGUAUAGCCUUAAAAAUCGAUAUUCCGCGCUUUAGGCCAGUACUCGUUCACCCUUCAAUAGUGCCGUUUUAGUUAUCGCUAGAAAAUUGUAGUUUAGUAAACAAGGGAACAUGUUUUAAAUUAAAAUUAAAAUGGAAGGUAAUUCGAAGCGUUAUAUUAGGAGUGAGUCCGCAAGUUGUGCCCAUAUGGUUGAAGAAAACACUGCGAAUAACAGAAAGAGCGCUGACCCUCAUGAGAAGCUGAAGGCUCUGUUGAACUCCCCGGAAGAGGAUACGGAUGACACCCUGCCACCAUCUGAUGCUCCCAAGUUCGGAACCGUUAUUCACAAUAGAAUUUUCGUCGGUGGAUUUUCAUUGACCACGACAGAUGAGGAUUUGUGGAAAUUCUUUUCGGGAUUCGCCACGGUGACCGCUGCUCGGGUGAUCUACGACAGGGCAGGGGUCUCCAAAUGCUAUGGCUUCGUUACGUUCGCCAGUCCGCGGGUCGCAAGGCUGAUUGUCAAACAGAGUGGUGGUGUCAUGUUUUCUCCCCUUGGACGGCUUAGAGUAGCUCAGGCUGUAAGAAAACAGAUAACUCAACUACCACUGAUCAGCUCCGAGGCAACACCGCUACAGGCACCACUGCACUGCUACCAGUUGAUCUGCCCACCCCUGGCGACGUUGCCUACGUGUGGGCCUUGUGAUCUUCCCCCACCAUAUGCAGUAUAUCCUUUGCCCUAUGAAAGGCACAAAACCUUUCCAGCGGCACCAGCCAUCUAUGGUCCACCAGCUCAAUUUGCGCUACUCCCGGCUCCUGCGCAGUACAGUGCGUGUUGCGAACCAGCGUGUUGUGCGCCUCUCGACAAACAGCCCCGCAUACCGCCGCCACCACUACACCCGGCAUUCAUUUACUAACUUCCCUCGAUUCAUGUAUAGCAUUAAGUUCUUUCUAUUAUUGAAAUCGCGUGUCUCUAAAGCUUUUACGACUAAAUUAUUCUGCAGAUUAUUCCUCAAAGAUAUUUUAGGUUUGUAUAUUAUAAGUUAUAAUUUUAAUAAUCUUAAAUUUGUGUAUUCUGCAUAUACUGUAUUAAAUUCAUCUAGAAUCCUUGAUAUUUAUCCUAUUUCAGGGGAAACGUAGGUAAUUCACGUAUCUUUUACAGUCAUUCCUUCGAGUCUUCCAAAGUUUAUAUGCUCAAAUAUUGUUUGUUCGCUACAUUACGGUUUUGGUUUUAAUUUGUAUGCAGAGGCGUGAAAAGCUGCGUCAUAGCUUUCGGACUCACCAGAAAAUUCGGUAGACAAUUUGCAUUUUACGUAUAAUACUGUUUUACUAAUAGAAGAUCUACUUCUCUAAUACAAAGCCUUGGUUACAAAAGGUUAUAUGUGAAGGUAUUCACAAUUAACCCUGAAGUGUGUCAUUUCUAAAUUAGCAGUGUACUUUAAAACAAGCAAUUAAUAAAGAAUUGAUGCUCUUUUAAAAAUUAUAAAGAUUAAAUCAACUAAUUAAAGGAAAAACAGAUCUUAAAAGAUAACCUUAACGUUGUUGUCUUAACGAUGGCCAGAAAUUUAAACAAGCUCCAACAUUUGAUUUACCGUUAACUGUGACGUAGUUUUAUAAAUGUAUGAUCUUAUUUUUCAAAUAUAUUUUAUUUAAUUUGGUAAGGGUAAGAUGCAAAGAAAGGGAUGUGAUUCACGAAGUGUUCAAGAGAUAAAAUUACUAUUGUGUUUUUGACAAUUUUGUCUUUAUUGGAGUGUAAUGAAAUGUGCAUCACAUUUCAAAAUUGUUGUUAAGGUAUUUAUGUACAAAUUGCUUGACCGCAGAACCGAAAUUGAACUAAAACUGUAAUUGGAUUGACAUCAAAAUCGCAAACACUGUUUCAAUUAAUUCAUUAUCAAUUCAUACAAUCCAAUUGCAAUUUGUGUUUGAAUUGAGUCAGAUAAAUAUUAUUGUGUAGUAUUCGGACACUUUAGUAUUAUGUAAUUUAAAAUGUUUAUGUGAUGUUCAUGAUUAAAACGUAAUGACACUAUAUAUUUAUUCGCUGUUAUAUAAAACUAUAUAUAUCAUUUGAAAAGACAUUACUAAACUAAUAAAUGUACCAAUCUAAAAAUGAAGAUUUGCAUAGUUAAAGCACAAAUAAUAGCAGUUUUAGAUUUUUUCCUAACGUUGUUGAUAGCUUGUUAUCCUUUUAAAGGAAUUUUAGUUAAUCCAUAGAAAUACAUUUAUUUGUUGUCCUAAGAUAGUACAGAGAACCUAUUUUUAAUAAUUUAGUUAUAUUAAAAUGAUUAUCUGGGGUCCAAAGUGUGAUAACAUCAAAUGAAUUCAGAUUAAAUUCACACACGAUUUCCACAAAUAGAUUUCUUGAAAAUAUUUUCGCGUUUCAUAUUUAGAUAACUAUGUUAUUGCAAAGGCGUGUUAAUCCUUAAAAUUAAACAACUGUCAAAGGAAUCUGACGUUUAUACACAUAAUACAAAGAUUAAAUUAUUGAUUUAUCUAAAGUUAAUUACCUCAAAUAUUAAAAAUAAAAUACAUUUAUUCUUGUCAAAUUCGAUUCCUAAUAACAACGAUUCUAAUUUAUCUCAAUCAUCGAAGUAGCACCCUAUGAAUAUUAUUUUACGCUAGUAUUGUUAUGUAAAAGGGCACCAAAUAUUUAUCUUUUAUUCAAAUUGAUAUCAGUUUUUUAGUUAAUGAAACUAUCUUCUACUUGAAUGGAUGCUAAGCUUCAAUAAGUGUAGUGUAACUAAAACGCUGUCAAUUUACUAUUUUGGACUUGUACUACUAUAAUAUUUAGCAUUUAAGAAUAGCACUAAUUACUUUAUGAUUUUUCAAAGAAAUGCACUGGUUUAUUUUGACAAAUUAUUUAACUAUUCUCGCCAUGUACGAUUUAAUUUAUAUCUUCAGCGUUAUAUACUCUAAAAUAUACUCUAUCGCUUGGAAUUUGCUUUAAAUAUAAGCCUCCUAUGUGUUCGUCAGCCAUUGUUCCCUGUUUAGUAGCGUCGGUAGUUGUCCUUCUGACGGCAUAUAUUUAAAGCAUUAAUCUAUUUAAACUAUGUGGCCUAGAUAUUUACUGCCUGACAUAUCGGAUAAACUAGAAAGUACUACGCUAUAGUAUUUUAUUUGUUGUCUGUAUAUAAUCUGUCGCUAGAUAUCUAUAUUUAUAUAUUCGACGAAGUAAUUUAGACAAUAUUAAUGUAACCGAAUCUAGAUAUCUUAUUGUAAGUCACUUCAUUACUAUUAUAUUAAGCGCUUAGAUUAAUGUGAUGUCUAUCGUGGUUGUCAAAUUUAAACUUUUUAAACUAUUUCUACAAUAGCAUGAGCCUCUUGUUGUCGGUGUGAAUUUAAAUAUAUUUCGUAAAUGUCUAUUACCGUGUUGCUUGAUGUCGUAUUUCAACAUUUACAGAUCUUCUAUCAUAACUUUUUGACUCUUAAAAUUGUACAAUUAUUCAGCUUUAUCAUACUUUGUUGCUUUCACUUUAAGAUUGUUAACGUUGUUAUAAUAUAGAUCUCAUAGGUACGUGUUAUCAUCAAUUUUUAAAUUAAAAUCGCCGUCCUGUGACGAACAUCUACUUGGUCUGAGGCCCUUCGAGUCUUAAAGGUGACGUUUUUGGUGAGGAUUUAUCUUACCUUAAUAAAAUAAACAAAUUAAUCUUAAAAAUAUGGUUCUUACUUAAUGAACAGGUAGAAAUAAAUGUUCACCAAAAACUGUUUUGUCUUAAGGCCCUGUUGUAGGUACUUUACACCGAUUCCAGUACAUGGAAUCGUAAAUCCGUCGAUAUUGAAGCGUAGAUAAUACAGGGACAAAGACAAUACAAUGACAAUGUGGUUGAAGUUGUGUUAAAGAGUACGGAAAGAGGAUUGUUCGUUACAUGUUCAAUUGUUUUGUUACUUUAGAUGUCAACACAUUUCUUAUUCAUUGCAGUAACAUUUAUCCGUAUUUUUAUAAUUGCUGCAUAUGAUAGAAGUUAAAGAUGUGUGUGAAAGUAUUUGUGAAAUUGUUUCUAACCUGCAACACAACGUUGUCAAAUACCUCUUUACAUUCAAUCACUUUGUCUACUUGUGUUCUGUGAAUAACAGAUUUAUCAUACAUUUACAAGCAUUCACUUGUUGGUUUAAUUCUGAACUUUAAACAGCAACUCACUAAAAUAGCAACAAAUUGCCCAAACAAUUUACAGCUUAUUUGUAAUUUUGCAUUUACAAAUUUUCCGUGCAGUACUAUCACGAGUAGCAAGUGAUUUGUUUACAUGAACCAGAUUUGAAUGUAAAUGAGGUUAUAUUUAGAAGGCUUUAUAUUUGUUAAAGUUUGUCCCCUACAUCAGUAAGAGUUUUUAUAUACCUUUACAAAUUUGUAGACAGAUGUUUGGUUAUGAUCGUUUUACCCUGUUAGACGCUAUAUCGCUAAUUACUUUUCCGUGGGGCGCGAACCUUUAUAGUAAGUUAUAUAUCUCCGGUUUACUAUGGAAUUGAACGAAAUGAAUAAAUACUUACUAUAGGGGUAGUCCUAUCGAUCUGUUCGUAGUGACAUGUCAUAGCUGUAUUGUAACUGUUGACUACUUAUAAGAAGUCUAUUUUAAAUGCUACGCGUCGGUAACUGAUAUACGACCAUUUAGUCUGAUGUUUUAAAAUGAUAAUAAAUUCAAGUAAAAUUUAUGUGUGAAUCUAUUUAUCUGUAUUUGUAGAUCUAUAUACGUAAUAUUCAUAAAAAUCUAAAUGUUAGAUGCUGGUGAAAAUUCCACAAAAUAUUCUAAGAUUAUAUUAUUAGAUUUAAUUAGAGUAAAUGCUAUGAAAAAUGAAAUAUUAGCAAUGCAUACAGUGAUCAUAAUCUGUCAUUACGCACAUAAUAAUUAUUAUACGAAUUAUGAUAAGAGAAAUAUUUUCUAAAACAUCAUCAUCGAAUGUAUGUAGGAUUGUUGAUAGUUAUAUAUAAUUGUCUAGCUAUUAUAUGUGAUAUUGUUAUUGGAUUAAUAGAUAUUUAAAAGGCUAAUAUUAAUUCUAUAUUCUCCUUGUUGACUUUUGUGUAUUAGAAUUUAAGACAUUCUAUCAUAAGAGGUCAAGACAAGUGGGAUUGAUACUGGUGUGUGAAUUAUUCGUUUUUUCAAAAUCACUGGCUUUUCUCAGUAAAAUACAUUUACAAAUGGAAUUAAAAAUAUAAUUAACAUCUAAGCUCACAUCUAUGCACAAUACGUCAUGAUUUACGGUAAAAAAAUACAUAUACCAGAUUAAUUGAAUUUUGAGUGCAUUAAUAAUCAUAUAAUUGAAGCGAAGUUGGAUUAUUUUGAAAGAUUGAAUAUAUAUAAUUGUGUGUAUAGGCCGUAUGAAAUUGAUUAAGCAUCAAAAGACAUUUAUAGAAUUAAUGUAGAUACAUCGAUUUGCUCAAAACUUUUGUUGUACCCUCCUAUUACUUUUUACCGACAUAAUAUAUUUAUAUAUACAUCUAGCCCAGUACUCAUUGGAUACCAAACUCUAGAUAAAGAUGUAUUAUUUUUUUUUUCCCAAUGUUUUGAUAAUAACAUACGUACUGAUAAUAAACGAAGAUCGAACGCAAGCCUAGGAUCGGAUCACGUGCUCGUGUCAGGGUUGCUGUUGACCAAUCAGAAGCAAGCGAAACGCACUAUCGUUUUGUGUUUCGUUCACCUGCCUGGUCUGUAAAAAUUAAGCUAACUCAGCCGACAUUUCUUUGGCCGUUCGUAAAAUUAUUAUUUAGUUUAAUAAUAUUACAUUGAGCAUUGGCAAGCAGCUUUAGUUUGACGUGUGAUAUAUAUUUAUUGACAAUAAAUAUUCAAAGGAUUAUUAUCAUUAAAUUGUGUCGGUAAAUAUCCGUCAAUACUUGUGGACAUGCUUGUUUAGGUGAAAAUCACUUAAUCUGGCUACCUCCAAGUAGAACCUUUAAGAUGAUACCGUAAAAAUUAUUUUGACAAAACUGCAUGUUCGCGUUCUUUCCAUGUAUCGCAAUAAACAAUGAAGUUCAUAUCAGAAUCGCAUCGAUAUACUAUAAUAUAGGUAUAAGUACAAUAAAUGAAGCAAUAACAAAUAAUGUACUGUAAUGUAGGUAAGUCACGUAUAAUAAAAUAAUUAUAAUUUAA